UGGCUAGCAUCAUGUCGUGAACACCACACCGAUUGUCGCCCGAAUGAGGUAGAAUUCUGCCCAACCAGGCUCCUCUUUCUCGGUGACGAAGACACAGGAAUGAUCAAGUUGAUUGAGAACCCGCCCAGGGAAACACCUUACGCUGCACUCAGCCACCGCUGGACAGAAGAGACCCUCAAAGUUCGAUUGGUACAUAUCAAUCACUCUGAGAGGCUUUCUAGUGGGUUCCCACUCGACAAGUUUCCUCCUAUGAUGCAGGAUAUGAUCUACCUGCUUCGAAGACUUGGUAUCAUGCAUGUCUGGAUAGAUUGCAUGUGCAUCAUCCAAGACGACCGGGAAGAUUGGCGACGUGAAGCAGCAACCAUGGCAUCUGUUUAUUCCGAUGCCGAACUUACCGUUGCGGCUACCAUGGCAGGCGAAGAUUUGUUUAGCCGCCGUGAC